CACACCGGUUUGCGAUGGUUGCUAACCACGCUAUGCUAACCCGGCGUUCCUUUUGUCAGUGAGUACAUGUUGCAACUCAAGUUUUAGUUUCAUAUUCAGUUGCACGUCAACGUUCACUCAGUGAGGUUCUGUCAUUCACGUUAACCCAUUCUGUACUUUUACACCAAUACUUUAAACAACAAAACUAAACUUUUAUUUUAUUUUAAUUUUUCAAAAAUCAAGUCAACGAAAUUUUUAAAAAAUUUGAAAGUGAACAAGUCUACUGUCGUAAAUUAUUUGACAAUUAAACUAAUUUAUGUAAUUAUAAAUAAUAACAAACAUUACCAUGUUUUCGUUACAUGCUGAGUUAACUUGAAAAAUUAAACCAAGAUUAAAUCGUGAGGUUAAAAGUGUGUGUUUUAAAAGAUAAUUAUUUCCGGAGUCUUGAUAAUAUUCAAAAGUGUCAGUGAAGAUAAUUUAAACGGGUUUAUGUGAAGAAUAUCGCGUGUGCAAACAAACGACGAUCAACGACCACGACGGUGUGUACCGACAAAUAGACAAACAUAUCUUGGUCAUAAGUUUCAUCCGAGUAAACAUAAGAAAGUCGUGAUCCCGCGAAAAAAAAAAAUUUUUUUUAAAUUUACUUUGACAUUUUUGCCGCCAAAACUAAAAAUGUCUUAAAUAUUAUACUUAAUUAUUAAUGGUAAAUAUUUGCUGUCAGAAGAUAAAUAAUAUAUUUAAAUUUAAAUUUAAAAACUAGUCGUAAAAAAAAGUAACCAUGGCAAAGAGCAAAAUAAUUUUAUCAAGGUGCUGUAUAUAUUAUAUACAUGCGGUCGUGAUGUUUAGUAUGAUUGUAUUAGUUAUCGCAGGACCUCCACCUCCACGUGACGACGAACUCGAGGAGUACUGCUUAAUGCACAGGUUCGAUAAAUUGCCGGGUGGUCUGAGAUUCACUAAAGAAGUUGUUAGCACAGAGUAUGCUAAUGUCGGGGCAUUUAAAGCGAUACAUUGCUGUUUACGCGGUUACAGGAGUAUUGAAUGGUAUAAAGAUGAUAGACCAUACCCGUGGCCAGGGGCACUGAGUCAUUUUAUUUUGUUCCCGGAGAGUGCCAAUCAAACAAUUUAUACACGUGCUGCUAGAGUUUCUGAUGCUGGAAUUUAUUCAUGCAGAGCUAGAAAUGAUACUGAUACAUUAUCUAGUGAUAUUAGUUUAGGAAUUGUCGGAGAAGACUCGAGUGGAUACACGGGAAAGCCAUUACCCACGUAUAAGCCAAUAUCUCAGUUGGUGCCUUUAGGAGAUGCGGCGCGGCUCUUUUGCGAGGCUUACUUAGGCAAAGUUGAUUUACCAGACGCUAAAAAUUCAGUUACUUGGACUAAAGCUGGAAGUAAUAUUACUUUUUCAAAUACCGGAAGAGUAUCGAAUCAUCGUGUAUCUCGAGAAGACGAUCAAAUUGUUGGAUGUUACUUGGAAAUUGAAUCAACGAUACCAGAGGAUUAUGGCGAGUAUGAAUGCCGAAUCAGCAACGGCGCGGAUGAGGAGAUGACGCUAUCAGCUUACAUUUAUCGUCGAGAACCUCAUUUCGAUUUUGGAUUACGCUCAGGCUCAUGGAGGAAAGCUCUAUUAUUUGCAGUCCUAGGUCUCGUUCUAUUUGUUUCCAUUGGGGCAUUUUUCAUCAGAUGUUGGCUACCAAUGGCUGUUAUUUGUCAUAAUAAAUUUCAAAAAUCCACAGAAAAUGAUGGCAAAGAAUUUGAUGCAGUAGUUUGUUAUCAUGAAAAAGAUGCAGCGCUUGCAGUCAAUACAUUGAUACCCACUUUAAAGACAAAGUAUAAUUACAAAUGUUCGACACUUGAAUUAACACAUUUGACACGUAACUGGAAUUUGGAAAUAGGAUCAAAUGCAUCAUCAUCUCGCAGAGUUAUUGUAAUAUUAAGUCCGAAUGCGCUAGAAAAUGAAUGGACAGAUACAAAAGUAACUCAAGCAUUGAAACAACUGUCUCUGAUAUCAAACCAAGUAAUUGUUAUUAUUUUAAAUGAACUGUCAAACGUAGCAGCUUUUGCUAAAUCCACUGGACACUGUGUCGACGCAGCCUGUGCAGAUGGAAUUGUCCUUGACAAAAUGACCAUACUGAGAUGGAAAGUUGAUUCUGAAAAAGAUACCGGCGGUUAUAAAUUUUGGUGUAGACUCAGACUGGCUUUGCCUCCUGUAAGAUCAACACCCACACAAUCCUUACCGGAUUUCCAAACGAGGUGUCAAUCUGUUGCUAUGAUCGUACAAAAUAAUAAUAAAUCCAUACCACAAAAGACUCAAUCACGAGAGAGCUUAGAAGUGCUCGUGUAAUAUUUUUUAAAAUUAUAUUCUGUCAUGUUUCAUAUUAAAACUUUUUUUUCACUUAUUACUUUGUAGAUUCAUUGUAAUAUUAAUAUUGCUAUAUUUUUUUUUAGUCAGUAAAAUCUAUUGUAAAUAUUUAAGUCUAAGUCUUAGCGUAUGAUGUUGCAAGUUGCCGGCUAAAUUUCUUUUUUUUUUUUCUAUUCUAUAUUUAUUAUUUAAUUAAAAAAAAUAUUUAUCUUAAUAAUUAUUUUUAACGUAAGUUUAUUUCCGCUUGUUACGAGCGGCUAAAAAAAUAUUUCCAAAUAAUUGGAACCAUUAAAACUUUUAAAAGGCUGUUUUUUUUUGGAAAAAAUUAUCACUUUACUUUAAAUAAGAAGAAAGUAUUUUAAUACUUUUUGUAGUUUUAUAUAAAACAUCAUAAACGUCAUCCAAAUUAAUUUAAUUAUUUUUUGCGCGUAAACGUUAUCUUACUGCCAGUAUUAUAAAAAAAAAAAUGUUGAAAACACUUACGUAUAGUAUAAGUAAAAAAAUGUAUUUAGACAAGAUAUUUACUUAUAUGAAUAGUCAAAGUAAAAUUGUAAAUUAUAAAAAAAAACAUCAUCAAAAAAAUAAUAAGAAUAUUAUCUGUUUUUGGGUAAUUAAAAUUUAUGUACGGAAUAAAAUAUUAUUUUUAAUGAAUCAUAAUAUAAAGCUCAAGCGUAAGUACUAGAAAUUUCUAAUUUCAAAAAAUAAAUGAACGUUUUUUUAAUUAUAAA